CUCACUUGCCCGGUUCACCCCUGAACCAUUAGUGGAAGGAGCAGGAAUUGAAGAGCCAUUUCAAUUCCUGGAGAGCAUUACACAUAUGUCUCAUCCCAGGCUUCCAGACACGGCAACCAAACGAGUCAUUUCCCCUGGAACUGGGGCUGCAUACCUGGGCUCUCCAUGGAGGGGGAUGAUGCAGGGAGGGGAAUCCCACCUGCUGUGAGUCACCUGCUAGUAUAAAGGGCGGGUGUUACAAUGCAGGGACCUUAAAAAGGGACGCAGAGACAAGGGGAGAAAAUUAAAGGAAGCAGCUCAGAACUUCAGUGAACAGAGGAAACCAACACAGAGACGCAGGGAACAGAGAGAAUCGGGCUCUCUGUUCAGAGAGCAAAGGGAAGUGGGCAGAUUCCACAGGGACUGGUGCAAGGCACAGAGCCAGCUGGAUUUGAGAAGCAGGACCAAGAUGCUGGGAAGCAGAGUUGUGGUGCUGCUGCUGCUGCUGCUGGUGCUACUACCCUGGGCUGCUCGGGGCCGGGCUGUGCCUGAAGGCAGCAGCCCCUCUUGGGCUCGGUGCCAGCAGCUCUCACAGAAGCUCUGCACACUGGCCUGGAGUGCACAUCCAGCCCUGGGACGUGUGGAUCUUCCAAGAGAAGUGGGAGAAAAGGAAGAUGAUGAGACUACAGAUGAUGUGCCCCAUAUCCAGUGUGAGGAUGGCUGUGAUCCCCAAGGACUCAGGGACAACAGUCAGUCCUGCUUGCAAAGGAUCCACCAGGGCCUGGUUUUUUAUGAGAAGCUGCUGGGUUCAGACAUUUUCACAGGGGAGCCUUCCCUGCUCCCCGGUGGCCCCGUGAGCCAGCUGCACGCGUCCUUACUGGGUCUCAGGCAACUUUUGCAGCCCGAGGGGCACCACUGGGAGACUGAGCAGACUCCAAGCCUGGGUCCCAGUCAACCAUGGCAGCGUCUCCUGCUCCGCCCCAAGAUCCUUCGCAGCCUCCAGGCCUUUAUGGCCGUAGCUGCCCGGGUCUUUGCCCAUGGAGCUGUGACUCUGAGCCCCUAAAGCCAACAGCCAAAGGAUGGCAUCCAGACCUUCAUGGCUCAGCAAAGCCAAGAUGUGAACCGGCAAGUCAAUCAGCCCAUUAAUUCUAACGGGACCUGUGUGUUGAAAAGUUACUCACACUGGCAGACUUCUGAUGAUGCUGACCUAGUUCUUGCUAUUUAUUAGAUGGGAAGGGAAAUUUUGGGAUUAUUUAUCCUCUUGGCAGCAGUUUAAGGGGGAGAAUUAUUUAUUGUAUUUAUACUGAAUUAUGUACUUUUUCAAUAAACUUAUUUAU